UCUGUUUCCUGCUGACCUGACUCUACCUUCCCCAGAAUGCGCUGCUUCCUUCCCAGAUAACAAUACUUCAACAACAGGACCUCUGCACGCUCGCCCACCACUCCCAUUGCAAGCAUGUCCGCAAGCGACCUCUUCCGCACCCUCCUCCGACCUGCAGUCCUUCACAUCCUGCGCGCCUCUGGCUUCCACAGCGCCAAACCCUCUGUGAUAGACACCUUAGUCGACCUUACCUCGCGCUACCUUCUCCUGGUCGCAUCGCGCACCGCUCACAAUGCAUAUUCCAACCACAACGACCUCACCCCUGACAUCACCGAUGUGCGCAUGGCCAUGCAGGACUGCGGUAUUCUCGUCCCGUCCCUAACUGCGGCCGAGGAACUCUGGAAAGACAAGCUAAGGAAGCCGCUAGAUGACUAUGAGGAGGAAACCGGUGCACGUGCCAAGGAAGAAAGGAGGAGGGACGCCGAAGACACGGCCGACGUGAACGAAUUCAUUGAGUGGGCCAAAGGUGAUCACAACAUGGAGAUCCACCGAAUAGCGGGGACAGCGAAACCGCAGAACAUGACCGAGACCGAAGCACUAGAUGCGAUGGAGAUGGAAGAUUAUCUGAACACUCUCAUGAAGAAGCAUAGCAAAACUGGUGUAGAAUCCCGAUUCCAAGGAACAGCGCUAGGCAGCGCAUCGGAGGCCAAGCACGUCAGAAUCGAGGGAGGACCCGUUGAUUCGAUUCAAGAUUGGUGUCGGAGGACUCGAGAGAAGGCUGCUAAGAUGGCGGAAUCAGCACCUAAGAAUCAUGACUCACUUCACGACAUUGUGGAGUCAAGGGAGGAAUUCGGGGAUAUGGUCAUGGAGUCUUAGUAGUCCCUUCGAGCUAAUAUGGAAUGGAAAAGCAUAGCGACGGCGUUGGUGUGCAGGGUAUCCAGUCCAGAAAAGGCGGCGUAUGGUGUUUCAAAAUGGUUUAUGCUUUGCUUGCAUUUCCACGGGUAGGGUAGCUUCGAUCAACUUUGAGCGUUGCUUGGGUAUCUGGCGGUCGAUCCACAAACACGGCAAAGGGUGCGUUCGUGGGAGGCAGCACAUUUCAGACCUUUGGCACAGCAGCGGAAACCCCCAAUUUCUAUCUUCUUUCUUCUCAAUAUUACAAUUUGUG